AUGCCUCCGAGAGCGGAAGACGAAAGGUUUGAGAAUUUUAAAACAAAGGAACAAUACCCAACUUUUAAGUCAGUAGACGUUCCUCUACCUUACUGUGUUGAUCAUGGGAAGAUGAUUCUCAAACCAGCAACGAAUCCAUUAUGGAACUUUGUCAGUUGGUGUACUAUCACUUCUAGUGCUCUGGACAAGGCCGAUUCUGACAGAGUCCGUUGGACGCUUGGUGCUCAAGAAAUAUGUUUUACUACUCCCACACUUUCAAGAUUCUUCUCUCUAGGCCAAGUUGUACCGACCGUCCGCGGCGCCGGAAUUUAUCAGCCUGCUAUGAACUUUGCUCUAGAUAGAUUAAAUGAAGGAAAAUGGGUUCAUAUUUUUCCUGAAGCAAGGGUCAAUCGAACAACGGAUUUGAUUCGCUUUAAAUGGGGUAUUGGACGAUUAAUGAUGGAAUCAAUAAACCCUCCGAUUGUUGUACCGAUAUGGCACAGAGGGCUUGAAACAAUAAUGCCUAAAGAAAGGGAUCACACAUGGAUGCCAUUAUUUGGUAAAAAUGUUAUCAUCGCUUAUGGUGAUCCAAUUGAUUUUAAAGAUAUUCUCACAAAUUAUCAUGCAGGAAAGACAGAUGAAAUUACGACACGAAUCAUUAUUACUGAUAUAAUAUUUCGUGCAAUGGCUGAAUUAAAAAAAAAGUCUGAGUUAUUAGAAGCUAAAAAAUUUAAAGAAAAUUAUUCAUGA